UUUGUACCUGUCAACACUGAAUUCAAAAUCACUUUCCACCGUAUUCUCUCUCUCAGUAUGGUGCAAACAAGGAAGUUCAGAGGUGUCAGACAGCGCCAUUGGGGUUCAUGGGUAUCAGAAAUUCGCCACCCACUUCUCAAGAGGAGGGUGUGGCUAGGCACGUUCGAAACUGCAGAAGAAGCAGCACGAGCCUACGACCAAGCUGCGAUAUUGAUGAGCGGGCGAAACGCAAAAACCAACUUCCCAAUAGUCCAAACCCCAGAGGGUGACCCAAAGACAACGCUAACACCAACCGAUCACGAAACCCCAUCGUCGUCCAUGACCACCUCGAAGGAACUGGAAGAGAUUCUUCACGCCAAGCUCAGAAAGUGCGGGAAGCUUCCGUCCCCUUCCAUGACCUGCCUGAGGCUCGACCCCGAGAAUUCCCACAUCGGAGUGUGGCAGAAGCGCGCCGGCCAGCAUUCCGACUCCAACUGGGUCAUGAUGGUUCCUCCCCUCGGAAAGAAGGGUGGUGCCAACGAAGGAGGUACUGGAGAUGGUUCUUGUUCUAAUAAUCCCUCUUCGUUCUCUAAGUGCGAUCCUGCCCCGCAAGUGGUGAGACAGGAGCUUCUAAGGACAGAGAUGGACGAGGAAGAGAGAAUUGCGCUACAAAUGAUAGAAGAACUCCUCGGCAGGAACUGCCCCAUCACUAGCCCUUCUUUCAACAACUUAUAUUAAGGGGAAGGGUAUUUGAAGAAGGUUAAUUUUAUUCAUUUUCUUUAAGGAUCUCUAUAGAGAAUGUAUGCAAGUAACAUUCUCAUUCUAACACUUUAUUAUUAUUAUUAUUAUUAUUAUUGGCUCAAUUUUAUUAAAAAUCAUAAAUUUUAAUAGGUUUCACUUUUAAACCUGGGAAAGACUUGUUGACUGAAGUGAAAUUUAUUAAAAUUUGUAAUAUUUAGUAAAUUUUAGCCGAUAACAAAACAAAAACGUGUUAGAAAAAGAAUGUUAGAGAUAAUAUUGUUAGCAUUUCUCUCACUUAUAUCAUGCGGUUUUUUCAUGAGUUAGUGCUCACCUAAGAAGGGCAUGCUAUGCUAGGUUGCGUAAUAAGUAGAAACAGUAUGACUUAUGGUCUUUUCUUCUUGCUUUGUGGUUUUAGUCUUGUUACACUCGAUUUAUGUACUUCAAUUUUACACUCUCUUUUAUAGGAUAAAAAGAGAGGAUGUAAUCAUGGAAAGGAAAGUGACUUUUUGUUUGUCUUCUCCUUUUCCUUAAAAGAGAUGUGUAAAAAGAAAAGUAUAGAAAAUCAAGGUGUGUACGAAUAACCUUACAUUUAAACUAUUAUAUAAUAAAUUCUCUGAUAUUUGAUAUGA